AUGUCUGGGGUGCGCGCUGUGCGGAUCAGCAUCGAGUCGGCCUGCGAGAAGCAGGUCCAGGAGGUGGGCCUGGAUGGCACUGAAACGUACCUGCAGCCGCUGUCCAUGUCGCAGAACCUGGCGCGCCUGGCCCAGCGGAUCGACUUCAGCCAGGGUUCGGGCUCCGAGGAGGAGGAGGCGGCGGGGGCCGAGGGGGACGCGCAGGACUGGGCUGGCGCCGGGUCCAGCGCAGACCAGGACGACGAGGAAGGGUUGGUAAAAUUUCAACCUUCUCUUUGGCCCUGGGACUCAGUGAGGAACAAUUUGAGAAGUGCCUUGACAGAGAUGUGUGUUCUCUAUGAUGUCCUUAGUAUUGUUAGAGAUAAAAAAUUUAUGACUCUUGAUCCCGUCUCUCAGGAUGCACUUCCUCCAAAACAGAACCCUCAGACACUGCAGUUGAUAUCUAAAAAGAAGUCGCUGGCUGGAGCAGCACAGAUCCUAUUGAAGGGGGCAGAAAGAUUGACCAAAUCAGUCACUGAAAACCAAGAAAAUAAGCUGCAAAGAGACUUCAACUCUGAGCUUUUGAGAUUACGGCAACACUGGAAACUCAGAAAAGUUGGAGAUAAAAUUCUUGGAGAUCUGAGCUACAGAAGCGCAGGUAUAGAUCAUUGUUAGAAACGGGGCACCUGGGUGGCUCAGUCGGUUAAGCAUCUGACUCUUGACUUGGGCUCAGAAUACCUAAAGGUACACUGUCCCCUCGAUGUACAAAUUCCUAAUAAUAUUAAUUUGCUAACAUUUUUUCAUGUUUUUUAUUUACUGGUUUCAAUUCAAAAACAGGCUCCAGACAUCGGUGACAUGAUCCAACCUCUUCAGCGACCUUUGCCCAAAUCCAAACCAGGUGUUUCCCAUUGGCAGGCAAUUAGAAGCAGCACAGGCGUUCUCUUGUGUAAAGGGAAUUUUUUGCUCUCUGGGGAAGCUGUUCCAAUUAGUCACAGAUCCCUCGGGUGAAAAACCCAGAUUAUCUCCCAGCCCUUUCCAAGCUUGCAGUUACUGAUUUCUUUAUGCCAUUCCUCAAAUGAUAAGAAAUCCCAAAAAUGUGCUACUGAGAAGCAAAGUCCGGAGGACCAUCUUUAUGUCUUAGAGCAUAAUUUGCAUCUACUAAUUAGAGAGUUUCAUAAACAGACCUUGAGUUCCAUCACGAUGCCUCAUCCAGCAAGCGCACCUUUUGGUCACAAGAGAAUGAGACUUUCGGGUCCCCAGGCUUUUGAUAAAAACGAGAUUAAUUCAUUACAAUCCAGUGAAGGGCUUCUGGAAAAAAUAAUUAAACAAGCAAAGCAUAUCUUUCUGAGGAGCAGAGCUGCUGCAACCAUUGACAGCUUGGCAAGUCGCAUCGAGGACCCUCAGAUACAGGCUCACUGGUCGAAUAUUAAUGAUGUUUAUGAAUCUAGUGUGAAGGUUUUAAUCACAUCACAAGGUUAUGAACAGAUAUGCAAGUCCAUUCAGCUGCAGUUGAAUAUCGGAGUUGAGCAGAUCCGAGUUGUACACAGGGAUGGAAGAGUGAUCACACUGUCUCACCAGGAGCAGGAGCUACAGGACUUCCUCCUGUCACAGAUGUCACAGCAUCAGGUGCAUGCAGUUCAGCAGCUCGCCAAGGUUAUGGGCUGGCAAGUGCUAAGCUUCAGUAAUCACGUGGGCCUUGGACCCAUAGAGAGCAUUGGCAAUGCCUCUGCCAUAACGGUGGCCUCCCCGAGUGGUGACUAUGCUAUCUCAGUUCGCAAUGGCCCUGAAAGUGGCAGCAAGAUCAUGGUUCAGUUUCCCCGGAACCAGUGUAAAGACCUUCCGAAGAGUGAUGUUUUACAGGAUAGCAAAUGGAAUCAUCUUCGUGGUCCGUUCAGAGAAGUUCAGUGGAAUAAGAUGGAAGGUCGAAACUUUGUCUAUAAAAUGGAGCUGCUUAUGUCUGCGCUCAGCCCUUGCCUGCUAUGA